AUGUCAUAUACCGACGAUGCAGUGCUGGCAAAGCUGUCGACACUUGCUGAGACUCAGGACAGUAUAGUCACUGUUGCUCAAUGGAUCAUGUUUCAUCGACGACAUGCAGAACGUACAGUGCAGAUUUGGCUUCAGAGACUUAAGGACUCUUCCAGUCACAAGAGACUGAAUCUCGUCUACUUGGCCAAUGAGGUCUGCCAGCAAUCCAAGGUACGCCACAAGGAAGACUUUUUAGUCGCCUUCUCGCCUGUGAUUGCCGAAGCAAGUGCAACAGCCUACAAGGGCGCACCGUCAGAUAUCCAGCAGCGCAUCCGCCGAGUUGUUGAUGUCUGGAAGGAGCGUCAUGUUUUCGAGGAGCCCAUCCAAACCGCCAUAGAAACGCGCAUUGAAGAACUGGACAAGGCCAAGGGCAGCACCAAAGCCGGCUUUGCGGGAGCCAUUUUCGGUUCGUCCUCGUCUUUGCCAUCUGAGCUAUCUUCUUUGGCAACUCCUCAGCAGAAUGUCUCCAAGCUGCUUCUUUCCACCAAGACAGCCAUCAGCGGCUCAAACCAAGAUUACGACAAGUUGAUGGGACCUUCGGCCACGCCUCCGUCUGCCCCAGUCUAUGCUGCUAGACUCAAUGGUCUGCUCAAGACUCUUGCUAGUGCCGAAGGCGCAGUUGAGCAAUGUGUUCAAGCUCGAAGAACUCUGGUCGGCGAGCUACAAAAGAUAUUGGACACCAACAAGGCCGCCUUGGCCGCAGAUGAGGAGCAGUUAUCUACUUUAAAGAAGCGCAAGGUUGAGGUCGACGAUAAGAAGCGCGAUGUCGAGUUUGCCAUCAUGCAAGGUCUUUCCGACUCGGACUCGCCAGCUCCGAAUGGUCCUCAUGAGCCGUUGGCACCUGAGCCAGAGCAGCCAGAAGUCGAGGCUCUUACUCCGCCCGCUGCUGGACCUGAUGAACCUGAGGAUCCGGAGGAGGCCCAGUGGUCUUCGGAAAUUGUGCCUGAUGACAAGCCCACCCAACAGGGCACUGCUCAAGGAAUGGAGCUUCUCUCGAACCUCGCAUCUCAUUACAACUCUAUGCCGACUACCAUGAAUGGCUCCAAGAAGCGUCGACUUGACUCUGGAGAGGAAUUCCCAGACCUCGGUGGUGAUGAUGGCAUAGAUGCAGAUGUUGCCGAAAUGCUUCGCAAAGACAGCACUUGA